UCAGAGACGUGCCAGAGCAGGGUUGUGCUUCAGUCAAAAAGGUCCGGGUGAAUGAAUUGGGUCAAAGGUCCUGCAGACCGCAGUGACAGCAGCAGCAGCGUUCAUAUUCACUUAUCCGAAAAAGAGCCAAAUAGAAACAAAAAUGGCUAAACAGCAGCAACCGAUUAGUCCGAUGAAGAACUUCUUCGCAGGAGGUUUUGGAGGGGUUUGCCUGGUUUUCGCUGGCCACCCACUUGACACCAUUAAAGUGCGAUUACAGACUCAAACCAAACCCAAACCUGGAGAGACGCUUGCAUAUGCCGGGACCAUAGAUUGUUUCAAAAAGACUUUAGCCAAAGAGGGUGUGAAAGGACUCUAUAAGGGAAUGGCCGCCCCGAUUAUCGGAGUUACGCCCAUGUUUGCCGUCUGCUUCUUUGGAUUUGGGUUGGGAAAGAAGCUACAACAGAAAACCCCUGAUGAUAUCCUCACGUAUCCACAGCUGUUCGCUGCCGGCAUGUUGUCGGGCAUUUUCACCACAGCCAUCAUGGCUCCUGGAGAGCGCAUCAAAUGUCUCCUACAGAUUCAGGCCUCCACAGGAGAGUUAAAGUACGCGGGACCCAUGGACUGCGUCAAACAGCUGUACAGAGAAUCGGGAAUCAGAGGAAUCUACAAAGGCACAGCUCUGACUCUCAUGAGGGAUGUUCCGGCCAGUGGGAUGUACUUCAUGUCCUAUGAGUGGCUGAAGAAAUUCCUCACACCAGAAGGAAAGAGCCCCAACGAGCUCAGCGUUCCCAGCGUGCUGUUCGCUGGAGGGAUGGCCGGGAUCUGUAACUGGGCUGUUGCAAUUCCACCUGACGUGCUGAAGUCUCGCUUCCAAACAGCUCCGGAGGGAAAGUAUCCCAACGGUUUCCGAGACGUUCUGCGGGAGCUCAUCCGGGAGGAGGGCAUCGGGUCUCUGUACAAAGGCUUCAGCGCCGUCAUGCUCCGAGCCUUCCCGGCAAACGCUGCCUGUUUCUUAGGAUUUGAGCUGGCGAUGAAGUUUCUGAAUUGGUUGGCUCCGAACCUGUGAUGAAACCCGGGAGUGGCCUCGUCUGGGAAUCCCUGAAACACACGCAUGCAGAUUGGACGGAAUCGAGAGAUUUUAGCAACUCUUCUACUGUUGUAUUUGAUUGUCGUUGAAGCAUCGUGGGGCUGCAGAAACACGGAUGUCCAGAAGGUCCAGUGAUGACCCUGCAGUGGUGCCAGUACACACCCACAAAAACCAGACAGGCGAAUGUUCUCACUCCUUUUACUUACCUCCUGUUUGUUUUAAGUUUUUUUUUUUAAUUAGAAACGGAGUGAGUUAUACAUCCUGUGCCUUACCUUCUGUAAUAAAUUAGCCGCUGUUCUUAUCAGGGAAAAGAUGCUUUUUGUAGCAUUUUAAUGGUCAUCUCUCUCUGUAACACAUGCCUUUUGAAUUGUCUGCAUCCUGUACACCCGCGCAGAGACCACUAAUACACUCUCUGUUUGUCUGAUCCCAAAUCAUGAGAGGGAAUAUAAUCAAUGAUCAAAGAUGAUUAUGAGAAUGUCACCAUGUACAGAAAAUUAAAAGAAGCCAUCUUUAGAAAUGAACUUUUCCAGUCGUUUGUCUUGCAUUAGCUGACUUACAAUGGAGAAGCUUUGGGUGUCAGGGCUUUUUUCAACACUUAACAGAAAUCCAGAAGCGGAGAAAAUUCAGACGUUCAGUUUU